AGUCACAAACUUCUAUUUCAGCAUUUUACCCUGAAAUGGACGCAACCGCUGAGAAAAAAAUUCAAAAACACAGUAAUACAUAUAUAUGCAUUUCGGCAAGUCUGCAGCGAAGGCGCGAUCGUGUUCGAGCAUCUCUCUACAGCGGCUCUUCGUUGUACCUUUGUAGCAUUUUCUGGCUCCCUUCGUGUUUGUUUGCUUUCCGUAGAAGCACUUUGAUUCUCUUUUUCCCUUACUUCGAUUAUUGUGUUUUCCUUGUUUUUUGAAAGGUGCGGCCGUGUGUAUUGGUUUUCUUCUUCUCGCUCGCGCGCUCCGUUGCUGUUGCGCAGACAGCACGUUCUUUUGACAGCUCCUUAACCGUCAUUCUUUGCCUUUCUCCUUGUGUGUGCGGAUGUGCGUGUAUUCCUGAGUACAUGCACACCAAUCACGUCACCCCAGCUUCGGCCCACGAGGUCACCUCGCCGUCCUCGUCGCGCCACCGAAGUGACACCACGCACGCGAUGCUGCACAACACCGACGCGACGCUCGCCCAUGAGCUGACGACCCUUCAUCGACUGCAGUCCUUCUACGAGCAGCACACCUUCGACACCCAGGGCCCCUACGCCGACCUCUUCGCGGUGCUUCUGUCCUCCAGCAAACACCUGAUUGACAUCAACACGGCCCUGGUGCGGCAUAUUCGCACCCACGACGCGGCGGUGCAUCGUCACGAAGCGACGUGUGGUGUGCUUUGCGGGGCGGUGGCCCAGCACAAAUCGGACAUCGCCGCGUUGUACGCUGGGAAAAGGGUCACCCCGAUGGAGGCGACGACAGCACCCGCAGCGCCAACACCAGCGGAUGACAGAGGAAGAGCGAGGCGCGCGUUGAGGAUGCGUCGUGGUGUCAGCGGUGAGAAUUGUAAGUACAAUAAUGCUUUCAACGAGGAUGGCGAAAGUUGCGGGGAAGGAAGCGCACACAUGGAGAAUGGAGCGGCGCAGCAGCACUUCAACGGAAGUCCUGAUGCUUCUUCGUCCCCCUCUUCCUCCUGUACACAAUUCUCUCAACAUCAACCAAAGGGAGAGGAGGAGGAAGCUCGGAGAUUGGGAUCUGUGCCAAUGAAAGCGCGCUCCGGCAUCAUCACUCCGCGUUAUAAUGACGAGAGCACCCCGCGGUAUUCUAACUGGAAGCACGAGAUCGAACGUCGCCUUGAUGACGCGGCGGAGCAGAUAAAUGCUUUGCUGGAGCAUCAACACGCUGCACAGGCCCGUUCGCAACGGUCUCCAUCUGCGCCAACUUCCCGGUUCGAACUGGCUUCCCUCCCAGCGGAUCCCAACUCCAACUCCAACACCGCCGCCGUCCCUACGGAGACACUCGAAACGUGGAAGUGCGCCUUCGAGGACGCCGUCGACGACCGUCUUGCACAUCUCGCACACCAAGUCACCCUGCUGGAACAAUCUACCAAGCAGCAACAGCACCUCACGCGGUGGAUGGGGAAUGCGGUGGGCGAUGAAGUGCAAGAGACGACUGCGAACCCACGCCCCAUCACUCGGAGAAGGCUACAGGCACCAACCGAGGCACCGCCUGCUGCCGUGACGCAAUGGCUGAACGCCCAACUUGAACAGCGCGAGGGGGAGUGGUUGCAGGUGCUGGAGGAAGUUCAGGAAGCUCUCGUUGCACAUUACAGCAGCAGCAACGACGACGACGAGCGAGUAAAUGGAGAGGUCAAAGUGCCUGUUCCCAUCACCACCGCCAGCCACGAUGGCGCAUCGGCAGAGCCGGCGGAUGCGGCCAGCACAGCGUGCUCACGUCGAGUGCGGUCCACAAACGUCCUGCUACAACUCCUCCGGUGCACAGACGACUCGCAGCGCACAAAGUUGUUAAGGGAGGUGGCACGGCAGACACAGCACGCCGACGAGCAGCUGCGCGAUGUUGCGGCUCGACUUGAAGUGUUGGAAGUCUACGCACCACAUCGCUACGCCGUAGCCGCCAGGCCACCCGUUCUCGGCGUGGAACUGGAAGACGUGUGUGCGCCUGCUGUCGGAGUGCGGGUGCGGACGGUGUAUCAAGGCUACCUCGCCGACCGUGCUGGUGUCAGUACCGGCGACAUCAUCGCCGGUGUCGGCCACCAGUCGGCCCACACACGUGCACAGCUUUACGUGGUCCUUGCGGAGCUGACACGCGACUACAACGCGCAGUGUCGCGCGCAAAUUGAGGAAGGAUACAUGCGGCACUACACGGCAGCUGCCUCCAGCGGUCCAAUCGACACGUCUGUCUUUACGAAUCUGGAGACGAGCCACGACAACGGGAACACGACCAGUUUUGAGUUCGACCAUGGACUGCAACGGGCGCGGGCAGAAGCGGUGCGUGCAAAUCAUGGAGCAGGUAGCGCCGCCGAUUUGAAGUAUCGUGGCAGUAGCGUGGGAGCGAUCAAGCUCCAAUCACCCACUUUCUUCUCUACGAGUGCACCGCAGCACAAAGAUCUGUUAGCGCGGUGUCUCCCGUACUUCGAGUUGACGCUGCACGUGCUGCGCGACGGCCGCCUGCGAGAUGUGACGAUGCUGAUUCCGCCAUCGGAGGCGUUGCGGUCUGUAACCCAGUACUAA